AUGCGCGAGCUUGCGAUUCUCAUUGUGCUGAGCACCUCACUCGUGGGCUGCCAACAUUUGCCUGGUGCCUCCGUUCCGGGCUCGUGGGCAUCGAGCUACAUGGAGAUGGACAAGCCCUCGACGCUGCGCACGUUGAUGCCCGCCUUGACCAACAGCUCGAGUAUUCGUUUGGAGCUGCGACCCUUGGUCGAGUACUCCCCCAACCUCUCGCCCUUUCUCCUUGAUGCCGGCUCGUGUGUGCACAUUGGCACUCAAGUCGCCUGUCUCCCCUCGACCAUCAUUAUUGGAGCCAUGAAAGCCGGCACCGCUGAGCUGCAAGGCUGGCUCUCUCGGCACCCGGCCAUGAGCCGCUACGGCGGCCCGUCCAGCUCUGGCACGGGCGAGGCCCAUUAUUUCGAUUCACUGGGCAAGCCUUUGCGUGCUCUCGCUGCCUUCGCCCAUGGCGGAUCCAAUGCUGUCGGCUUUCGGAUGCGAGGGGCCGAACCUGCCUACAAGUAUACCUUUGAAAAAACACCCCGCUACCUGUUCAUGAAAGAUGAGCAGAUUGAUCGCAUGCAUCGCUUUUUGCCUUCGGCGCGGCUCAUUGCUAUCCUUCGCAACCCCGUCUCUCGCUCGUACUCGCAUUUUCAGCACCGCUGCCGACAGGGCAAUUUCUUGGUGGGGUUGCAUCCCAAGAUCAAGGGGCGUGUGUUUGCGUCCAAGAGUGGGCCCGCCGCCGUGGCCAGCAGCCUCGAGGCCGUUGGAGUUACCGGCAUCAAGGCAAAGGACCUCGCCGUUCUCAAUGGGCCGUGUACCAACGAGCAGUUUGCCUCCCUGGUGCUGCAUACCCUCAAUGGCACUCGCCUCGACCACCUCAACAUGGAGCAGGCGCGCACCGGAGGUCUCUUGGCUCGUGGAUAUUAUGCCCGCCAGCUGCAAGCUUUUCGCCGCCACUACCCACAUGAGCAGAUCUAUGUCAUGCUGACGGAGGACCUUUUCCAUGAUUUUCCGGGCGAGAUGGACCGACUCCAGACAUGGCUGGGCCUUCCAUACUUUGAUUACCGACCGCACAUCCGCGUCAACGAGCGCGGCUUUACCGUGCUGCAGGGUCUCAAGAGUAAAACUGACAACUCGGCGUACGAACCGCUCAAUGAUGAGCUCAAGGCCAUUCUCGGCAAAUUUUACGCCCGCGGCUUGCAUGCCCUAACCGAUUUUAUUGAUGCGGAUCGCUUACGCACCACCUGGGGCAUUGACUUUUGA